AUGGCGCUGGUCGCGGCCGCGGCCGCCGCGGCCGCCGGGGUGAGCCAGGCGGCGGUGCUGGGCUUUCUGCAGGAGAACGGCGGGAAGGUGCGCAACUCUGAGCUGCUGAGCCGCUUCAAGCCGCUGCUGGAUGCUGGCGACCCAGGCGGCCGUGCCGCCCGCAGGGACCGUUUCAAGCAAUUUGUCAACGACGUGGCGGUGGUGAAGGAGCUCGACGGCGUCAAAUUCGUGGUGCUGAGGAAGAAGCCGCGGCCCCGGGAGGGACCAGAGCCGCCGCCCUCCGGCUUCCCGAGCGCCCCGGGGGCACGAGCCCCGCCGUCGAAGAUCACUUCCGUCUCACAGGGGGAAACCGCUGCCUCGGGGGCUCCACCCUUGGUCUCGGCGCAGAAGGCCGUGGAACCACCUGAGGACCCGACUCCUCCAUCAGAGCCGCAGGACACCCCUGGGGCUCCGGCCUCUGAGCCCACGCAGCUGACUAAGGGGCUGCUGUUAGGCCCGGCCCGGCAGCCCGCGGGCGCCUCGGACCCCCAGAUUCCAGCCUUUGAGCUAGCCCAGCCCUCCGAGGGACGCUCUGCAGACGUGGCCCCACCGUCCGGGGCACCGUGGGAGGCAGCCUUGCCCCGUGCAGAGCCUCCAGACCCGGAACCUGGGCCGAGGUUGACGAAAGGGCCGCCACCACCCCCUCCUCCUCGCGCGCCGCCUCAAAAGCCCUGCAUGCUGCCGGUGCGCUGCGUCCCGGGCCCCGCUGCGCUCCGGAUCCGCGCGGAGGAGCAGGGCCUUCGCCGGCAGCUGUCGGAGGAGCCCAGCCCGCGGAGCUCCCCGCUGCUGCUGCGGAGGCUCUCGGUAGAAGAGUCCGGCCUGGGUCUCGGCCUGGGUCUCAGCCUGGGCCCGGGCCGCUCCCCUCACCUGAGGCGCCUGUCGCGCGCUGGCCCGCGCCUGCUAAGCCCCGACACCGAGGAGGUGCCCGCCGCACCGCCGCCGUCCGCCGUGCCGCUGGAGCCGGCCGAACACGAGUGGCUAGUGCGGGCGGCCGGGGGCCGCUGGACCCACCAGCUGCACGGGCUGCUACUGCGCGACCUCGGCCUGGCGGCCAAACGCGACUUCAUGUCUGGUUUCACGGCCCUGCAUUGGGCCGCCAAGAGCGGCGACCUAGAGAUGGUGCAGCAGCUGGUGGAGGUCGCGCGGCGUGGGGGCGCGCGGGUCGACGUGAACGCGCGUUCACACGGCGGCUACACGCCACUGCACCUGGCUGCUCUGCACGGCCGCGAGGAUGCAGCGGUGCUGCUGGUGGUCCGCCUGGGUGCGCAGGUGCACGUGCGUGACCACAGUGGGCGGCGCGCUUACCAGUACCUGCCAUCCGGCGCCUCGUACGCGCUGCGCCGCCUACUUGGCGACCCCGGCCUGCGAGGACCUACCGAGACCGAUGCGACCGGUGGUGGUAGUGGCAGUUUUGCGGCCCGGCGCCCGGUGCAGGUGGCUGCCACCAUCCUCAGUUCCACUACCAGCGCGUUUCUGGGCGUCCUGGCCGACGACCUGAUGCUCCAGGAUCUGGCUCGAGGCAUGAGGAAGUCGGGCUCCUUAAUCAAAUUCUUGGGUGCCUCUCCCAUGCCUCCUCGUAAAAAGACAAAGACACGCGGUAGCCUUCCAGCCUUUUCAGAAAUCUCCCGUCGGCCCACUCCGGGGCCCUUGGCUGGUCUCGUGCCCAGCCUACCCCCAGCAACCUGA